CUGAAGUGGACCACAUGGUCCGUGCGGCCAGCCUAUCACAAGGCAGCCCUAUCGCACAACCUCGCUGCGGAAAGAAAUUGAGGAAAAUCGACGCUGGAACAUUGCACCUUCGAGGAAGCAUCUCCCGACAACCGACAAUCUCGACAGCAAACCGCCACAAUGAGAACGUACGACGAUACCUUCUCCGGCCAGAGGAUCUACCCUGGAAAGGGUAAGCUGUACGUCCGUGGCGACAGCAAGAUCUUCCGUUUCCAGAACGGCAAGUCCGAGUCGCUUUUCCUCCAGCGCAAGAACCCCCGCCGCAUUGCCUGGACUGUCCUCUACCGCCGCCAGCACAAGAAGGGUAUCUCUGAGGAGGUCGCCAAGAAGCGCUCCCGCCGUACCGUCAAGGCCCAGCGUGCCAUCGUCGGUGCCUCCCUCGAGGUGAUCAAGGAGCGCCGCUCCAUGCGCCCUGAGGCCCGCUCCGCCGCUCGUCUCGCCGCCAUCAAGGAGUCCAAGGCCAAGAAGCAGGAGACUCAGGCCGCCAAGAAGGCUGAGAAGGCCAAGAACGCUGCCAACCCCAAGGCCCGUGUCACCUCCAAGCAGGGUGCCAAGGGUGCGCCCGUCAAGGUCGCUGCCAAGUCCCGUUAAAUGCGGUCUUGUCGGUCGGGGGACACGAUGAUGUGAAGGGAGAAUGGAAUGUCUUUACGGUCCUGCGUGGCAAGCUGGAAGGGAUACGCGGAGUCGGUCUGGUCGGUUCUCGGUUCUUUUUUUUUGCCUGCACUCAGCUGGAGGGUUUUCGUCUCGUUUAACGAAAACAAUACAACAGCUUGGUUUCUGGAAGGGCCGGUUGCAUGGAUCCCUGCGUCUAACGGAUAUGACAUCAAACGCUUUGCAUGGGUAGCUUAACAGAAUGCCGACUUAUGCAUUGGUCAAAGACGAACAAAAUCCAUAUCCCACCUCCCUGUGAUACUAGGGAGGCGAGAAAAAGUUUUGGGGCCGUUGGGACGAAGGAACAGGGACCUGGCAAUCAUAAUAUAACGCUGCGCUUCAGCGGGCAAAAGGCAUAUCACGCGGCUUCUAUUCUCUAUACCUCGUGAUACUCUAUCAAGCAAAUACCCAGUCACAACAAGAGUAUCCCGCGACUAUCAUCGCGUUCCCCUUGACAUUUGUUUUGGUUCCUAUUACUUCUCUACUUGGUGUGGUGGGUAAGUCUAAUUAGGUAAAGCAGGUAUUGAACACAUAUUGUCUGUGCAAAAAAGUGCCUGGCAGGGGGGUUUCUACUUUUGCUCCCAACCACAGUAUAUGAGUUUUGCCGGUGUAGAUGAUUACUGUUUGCCUUUGUUUUGUUUCUUUGCUUUGGCUUUUCCAUGCCCCCUUUUUCUCUAUUUAGAGCUUAGCCAGGACACCGUCGGCACCAGUGUUGGCGAUGCUCUUAG